AUGUCGUUUUACAUUGGUCGCGAGGCUUCCAAGCUAUGGAAGAGAAUUUGUGCAGAAACAACUACCGAGAUCAACCUACUUGCGGAAAAUUGGAAGUACCUUCUCGCCGGUAUUGUUUUUCAGUACAUUCACGGUUUGGCUGCACGAGGAGUUCAUUAUUUACAUAGGCCUGGCCCUACACUACAGGAUCUUGGAUUCAUCCUUCUUCCGGAGCUUGGGCAAGACAAAGCUUACAUUAGUGAAACACUGUUUACCUUUAUUUUUUUAUCCUUUGUCCUUUGGACAUUUCACCCUUUCAUAUUCAAGAGCAAAAAGAUCUACACGGUUCUAAUAUGGUGCAGGGUUCUAUCUUUCUUAGUCGCUUCCCAAGCUCUUCGCAUAGUGACAUUUUAUUCUACUCAGCUUCCUGGUCCAAACUACCAUUGUCGGGAGGGUUCUAAACUUGCUACUCUGCCUCCCCCAGAUAGUGUCUUUGAAGUCCUCUUGAUUAAUUUUCCGCGUGGUGUGAUAUAUGGAUGUGGUGAUUUGAUAUUUUCAUCACACAUGAUCUUUACUCUUGUCUUUGUGCUUACAUAUCAAAGAUACGGCACACGAAGAUGUAUAAAACAGCUAGGGUGGACUCUUUCUGUGUGUCAGUCUCUGUUGAUAAUAGCUUCACGCAAACAUUACACGGUUGAUGUAGUUGUUGCCUGGUAUACUGUUAAUUUGGUGGUAUUUUUUAUCGAGAAGAAAUUACCAGAGUUACCAGACCGGACAAAUGCUGCAGCAACCUUGCUGCUACCAUUAAGCACCAAGGACAACAAAGAUGGCAGGACCAAAGAAGAGAACCACAAGUUGUUGAAUGGGAAUUCUGUUGUUGAUCCUGCAGAUUGGAGGCAGAGAACUCAAGCAAAUGGCAAGAUUCUGGAAGAUGGCCAUGCACACCAUGCUGACACUGCAAAGAAUGGUGCAUAG